UCUAUUAAAAUAGUAGAUAUUGUAAGGGUACUUAAAUAAAAUAAACAGAUAAUAGAUCCAAAAAUGAGUAGUACAAUAGAAGAAUUAAAUGAAAACCAAUUAAGAGAACAACACAGAGUUCCUUUAAAAACCAAGUUUGCCUAUGGAGUUGGCCACGUUCUAAAUGAUGUUUGUGCUUCUAUGUGGUUUACAUAUUUAUUAGUAUAUUUUCAUCUGGUACUUGGAUUUGAACCUGCAGCAGCAGGCCUAGUGUUACUUGUUGGACAGAUUGCAGAUGCUCUGGCUACUCCCUUUGUUGGCUAUCACUCAGAUAAGGAUGAUAAUUAUUGGCUGUGUCGAUAUGGUAAAAGGAAAACUUGGCAUUUAUUUGGCACAAUUUGUGUACUGGGAACAUUCCCAUUUAUAUUUUCCGAAUGCAUUAACUGUGAUACAUCCCACUGGUGGGCAAAACUUAUUUACUAUGGAGCUUUUGUGGUAAUAUUUCAAUUUGGUUGGGCCUCGGUACAGAUUUCCCACUUGUCACUGAUACCUGAUCUUACUCCAUCCGAUCAUGAACGCACAGCUCUCACAGCAAUUAGAUAUUCGUUUACCGUUAUUUCAAACGUCCUUGUUUUUUCCGUCACGUGGGCGGUACUGCACAUCACAAGUGAGGAUCCAAUGGAAAAAAUCGGGCCAAAAGAUGCAUAUAAAUUUCAACGAAUAGUAUUAAUCGGAAUGUCCAUUGGAUUGUUGGCAACCUUUAUUUUCCACGUAUUAGUUAAAGAAUUUAAUUCACGAGACUCACAAGAUGGUACUCCACAGCAAUCGCCAAGAGAAUUAAAAUCACCCUUCUCCAUAUUCAAAGAUCCUGAGUUGUAUAGAUUAGCAUUCAUAUACAUGCCCACUCGAUUGUUUGUUAAUCUGACACAAACCUACAUUCCCCUCUAUUUACACGAGAGUCUGAAUAUGCCGGCAACGGCUUUGGCCGUUAUACCUUUGGUGAUGUAUUUAAGUAGCUUCAAAGCUUCUUUAACCAUCAAUUAUUUAAAUAAAAAACUAGGAAGAAAGUUGUCCUAUCUCAUCGGCGCAACAAUGGGGAUAAGCGCUUGUGUAUUCAUAUGGUUUGGCAAGGGUGACAAUUUUUCGAAACUCUACAUUUAUCCGACCUCGUUGUUGAUAGGUUCCGGUGGUUCAAUGAUGCUCGUCACGAGUCUUGCCGUAACAGCCGAUUACAUAGGCAUCAGUACGGAAAACGGAGCGUUCGUUUACGGCGUUAUGAGCUUCACCGAUAAACUUUCCAACGGUAUCGCCGUCAUGAUCAUCCAAUACUUCAAAUGCGUCGUAAUUUGUACCGAUUACUACAAGGGAGUUUUGACGUUCGUUUGCGGCGGAGCAGCUUUGGUGGGACUUGUGAUGACACUCAGCAGAAAUAUAUGCAACCGAAGCAACGAUAGCGCGAUGAAUUACAACAAUUUCAGCACAACGCGGGACGAAGAAAAUGAAGAUGGCUCGACUACUGCCUAAUGUACCAAGAAAAAAAAAAAAAAAAAAAAAAAAAAAAAAAAAAAAAAAAGUAUUAUUAUCACACGCUGCAGAUGUUCAAGCAAAAACUCUGGUGCUAAACAACACGCGUACAAGAAAAUAAGACUUUUUAAAGCUACGAAUGCCCGCUAUGAAUCUCCUGUAUCGAUAAGAACUACUUUUUAUAUGAAACA